GUAGGUGAAGGAGAGAGGAGAGGAAUGACGAAUGGUAAUACUGUGUGGAUAGAGAUGGUAAACCACCAGAGUUGGGGGCAUGGAUGUCAGGGCCUCGAGGCAGUGGUUCAGGGAUGGGGGAGGGGGUGUCGAGUGAUGAUGGGCACCUGUCCAGCAGCAGGACCAAGGGAGGGGGCGCUCAGAGAAGCGAUUUAGUAAAUUCUAGGGGCUUUUCUCUUAUACCAGAGCAGAGGCGAGAUUGGGGGAGGUCAUUACAGAUUCUGGUAGGAGAGAUCUCUAUGGCUGUGCGUGUAGAGGUCUCUCCCUGCGUCCCUGCCUCUUCAUAUUCUUCCGUGUGCAUUCUCAGCUGACACCUUUUUUUUUUUCUCAGAACUGUGGAUGCUCCCAUUUCCCUAACCCUGGGGCAGGAUGUGGGGACGUGGCGCAGCCUUGGCAGCCCUGGGGUGGGGGCCGAGGCUCCAUCAUCCAGCUCUAAUAUGGAGGGGCACUGUGCAUCCUCUCCCCCAUUCUGCCACAACUCUCUCCCCACCCUGAGGAGAUUUUGAUAAGUGACUACUUCUUAAUGACCUUGUCACCUGGGCUAGGGUGGACUGGGGGUCAGGGAGGUUCCCAAAGUCAGGUUUCAAUGGCGGGGAGGGGCUUCCGGACCCUCCUCUUAUCCAGGACUAGGUGAGUGGACUUCAAAGGGAAGCUUUUGCUCAGGAGUUCCCCCGCCCCUCUCCAUCCUCUGCAGAAUCUCUCCUGGGCACAUUUUUUUCCGGUCAGGUGAAGCCAGGCAGCCUUAAAGGGCCACGUUACCCUGAAUUUUGUCCCUUUUAACCUCUACCUCUCCAAAUCUUACCUCUCUCCCAGAGGCUUAGCCACCCUGUGCUGCUUUGGGGGCUAAAAAUAGCACUACUUCCUCACCAGCUCAUGGAAUUUGUCUUCUUUCUCUCCCUCCUGACCUCUUGGGGUUGUUGGCCCUGGAGGAACUGACUGCUGAGCCAUCAUACCCUGCUGUGGCUCUGGAGGCCUCCUGUACCCUACAUGUCCUCUCAGGGGUACACACAUAGGGUAUGGCUCCUGUUGGGUCCAUCUGCCUCCCUUCAGGGUUUUGUUUGGGGAAGAAUGGAAGUAGAAAGGAGAGGAAAGCAAAUUGUGAGGCACUGAGGGGAUUCCAGGAAACCCUGGUGGCUUAGUGAAGAGCCACGGCUGCUAAUCAAGAGGCUGGCAGUUCGAAUCCACCAGGUACUCCUUGGAAACCCUGUGGGGCAGUUUUACUACUAAGUCGGAAUUGACUCGAUGGCAGUGGGUUUGGUUUUUUGGUUUUGGAGGGGAUUCCACAGUUCCCUCUGUUUCAUGGGGGAAACCAUGAAGAAAAGAAGGUGACAUGGGAGUCACUGCUUCUGGUCACCAUGGUCCAUUGCCCACGUCUGCACUGAGGGGGCAAGGCUUUGCUUGUCAGUGCCUCUCUGAAGCAUAUAGUGCUACCUACUAUCUGCUACCAGGGCUACUGUGUGUGUGUGUGUGUGUGUGUGUGUGUGUGCUUGUUUGUGUGUGUGAGAGAGAGACACACAUUUAAUGAAGGCCCAGGAUGGGUAGGAGCAGAAGGAAGCAGGAUAUUUUUAGGGGAAUGAUCUCUGAUCAGAAUCUAGUCCUGCUUCCUCUGCCUCUAUGAAGAAAGGGGGUUCUCCUAUGCUCCACUCUGGAGAACGUGUGUUUUGGGGGGGAGGCCCACAGCCCCCUUCAUUCCACACCAGCCUCCUACGCAAUGCGGUAUUUGUGGACUCCUUUUCCUUUGACUUCUGGAAGAGAAGCAGAAAGAAUUAGGAGGGAUUAAGAAGGGAGGCCCUGGAGGAAUGGGGUGCGACUACAGACCUUAGACCUUUAUAUUGUAAACUUAUGAGUUUGAUCAGUCAUUUCCAUUCCCACCCCCACCAGUGAAAGGAGGUCCAUGUUUGAUGUCUUGAAAGAAGAUGGCAGCAGUCAGUUAUUACAUUUUCCUCAGCUUUUGAUCUCCCCUCUCCUCCAUUCUACUCAGGUUCCAGGUCUCCCUUCUUUUGGGUCUUCCCUUGUUUUUCUGGAGGGAGAUAAUAUGGGCCCUACUGCUGGAAUUAAUUUGAACACAGGCUGAGAGGUCUUGGGACUCUCUGUUUUGGAGUAAUAUUGGACAAUAACAUUCAAGUAUGACCACUUGGUGUGCCUUGCUGCUUCCUGUUUCCGUCAUAUCUUUCAAUCUAAUAGAAAGAAAUGAAGCUAAUAUUUAUAGAAUAUCUACUGUGAGAUCAAAUCCUCACACCAACUCUGGGAAAUAGGGUAUUGACCCUUAGGGAGGUUAAGUAACCUGCCCAAGAUCAGUUAGUAAGUGGCAGAGCUGGGAUUUCAACUUAGAUCAUCUGUCAUGUGCUUUGCACUGAACCUGGCUUUGUCCUUGCUAGUGUGUCUUUCUGCUGCUCACCCUAAAGAGGAUCCAGAGAUAGCUUUUGUUUGGGGGAUUUGUGAGGGAGUAUAGGUCAUCUCGGAAACCCUGGCGGCUUAGUGGUUAAGUGCUAUGGCUGCUCAUCAAAGGAUCAGCAGUUCGAAUCCGCCGGGCGCUCCUUAGAAACUCUAUGGGGCAGUUCUACUCUGUCCUGUAGGGUCGCUAUGAGCCGGAAUCGACUCGAUGGCACUGGGUUUUAGUUUUGGAUAGGUCAUCUCACCGUAUUACUAUCACCAUAAAGAGUAAUAGCUAAUAUUUAUUGAUCAUUUUUUAUGUGCCAGGUACUAUGAUAAGGAACUUAUCCACAUUAUCUCAUUUAAUCCUUACUUCCCCUUUUCAAAUAAGAGGAAACUGAGGAGUGGAUGGUCAGAAACUUGCUCAUAGUCGCUCAUCUAGUCAGCGCUAAAGCAGGAAGUCAAACUCAAAUCUGCCUGGCUCUGGAAGUUGAGCUUUUGUUCACCAGGCUAUGUUGACAGAAAACCCCUUCUUGUGGGGCCUAUAAUCAUGAAACCUGAUGGAAGGACUGUGGAAGUCCAUCUUCAGAUGCCAUCCAUGACUGAAGGCAACAGGUUGGAGGACUUGGUCCUCCUUCUACCCAUUCACCCCAAGCUCCACCCCCAAUAAGGAACUAGACUAGAGUAAGGAAUCCUGGUUUCUUAUAUUUCCUGUUUUGUUUUUCGCAGGUUGGUAGUAAAGCAAGGGGUCUGAACUUGAUGUGGGGCAGGGUGUCUGGGGAAGGGCUCUGGGUAGGUGACUCCUGAGCAGGUUCCAUGGGCCUGGCCUCUAUAUUGACUUUCACUACUUUAUGCUUCACAACUUCCUUUUUCUCCCUCUUAUUUUUUUCUAGGUCUCUAGAAGCUCCUGGAGAAAAAGUGGGCAGCCCAUCUUGAGUUAUCCUGGCUCCUCAGCUUAGGCCCACCAACCUGGCUCCCCCUCCCCUUCCUUUCCCCCCUUACCCCUCUCUCUUCCCCAUCCACCCAACUGAACUAGGUGUGGGCCAAGGCUCCUCUCCCUCCUUCUUUCUCCUCUUACACACCCACUGACCAAGUCCUAUUUCCUUUUAUUCUGUGCCCAAAGAUACUUGAGCACACUUCCUCUAAAUAGCUGUGGGGAAGGGUCCUUCUGACUCCACGAGUUCUUGAGCAAAAGGCUGAAUAAGGAGCAAGGGUUGGGGGAGUCUGGUGGUAUCCCCAAAGCCCCAUCAUGGAAGAGGGCUUCCGAGACCGGGCAGCUUUCAUCCGUGGGGCAAAAGACAUUGCCAAGGAAGUUAAGAAGCAUGCAACCAAGAAGGUGGUGAAGGGCCUGGACAGAGUCCAGGACGAAUAUUCUCGUAGAUCCUACUCCCGCUUUGAAGAGGAUGAUGAUGACGAUGACUACCCUGCUCCUGCUGAUGGCUACUACCGUGGGGAAGUGACCCAGGAUGAGGAGGAAGGUGGCGCAUCCAGCGAUGCCACUGAGGGCCAUGAUGAGGAUGAUGAGAUCUACGAGGGGGAAUAUCAGGGCAUCCCCCGGGCAGAGUCUGGGGGCAAAGGCGAGCGGAUGGCAGAUGGGGCACCCCUGGCUGGAGUGAGGGGGGGUGUGGGUGAUGGGGAGGGUCCCCCUGGAGGCCGGGGGGAGGCACAGCUGCGGAAAGAGCGGGAAGAACUGGCUCAGCAGUAUGAGGCCAUCCUACGGGAGUGUGGCCAUGGCCGCUUCCAGUGGACACUUUAUUUCGUGCUUGGUCUGGCGCUGAUGGCCGACGGUGUCGAGGUCUUCGUGGUGGGCUUCGUGCUGCCCAGUGCUGAGAAGGACAUGUGCCUGUCUGACUCCAACAAGGGCAUGCUGGGCCUCAUCGUCUACCUGGGCAUGAUGGUGGGAGCCUUCCUCUGGGGGGGUCUGGCUGACCGACUAGGUCGGAGACAGUGUCUACUCAUCUCUCUCUCAGUCAACAGCGUCUUCGCAUUUUUCUCAUCUUUCGUCCAAGGUUAUGGCACUUUCCUCUUCUGCCGCCUCCUUUCUGGUGUUGGGAUUGGAGGGUCCAUCCCCAUUGUAUUCUCCUAUUUCUCGGAGUUUCUGGCGCAGGAGAAACGUGGGGAGCACUUGAGCUGGCUCUGCAUGUUUUGGAUGAUUGGUGGAGUGUACGCAGCUGCUAUGGCCUGGGCCAUCAUCCCCCACUAUGGGUGGAGUUUUCAGAUGGGUUCUGCUUACCAGUUCCACAGCUGGAGGGUCUUUGUCCUCGUCUGCGCCUUUCCAUCUGUGUUUGCCAUUGGGGCUCUGACAACGCAGCCUGAGAGCCCCCGCUUCUUCCUGGAGAAUGGGAAGCAUGAUGAGGCCUGGAUGGUGCUGAAGCAAGUCCAUGACACCAACAUGCGAGCCAAGGGGCAUCCUGAGCGAGUGUUCUCAGUAACCCACAUUAAGACAAUUCAUCAGGAGGACGAGUUGAUUGAGAUCCAGUCAGACACAGGGACCUGGUACCAGCGCUGGGGAGUCCGAGCCUUGAGUCUUGGGGGGCAGGUUUGGGGGAAUUUCCUGUCCUGUUUUGGUCCAGAAUACCGACGCAUCACCCUGAUGAUGAUGGGUGUGUGGUUCACCAUGUCAUUCAGCUACUAUGGCCUGACCGUCUGGUUUCCUGACAUGAUCCGCCACCUCCAGGCAGUAGACUAUGCAGCCCGCACCAAAGUGUUUGCUGGGGAGCGUGUGGAACAUGUGACUUUUAACUUCACACUGGAGAAUCAGAUCCACCGAGGGGGGCAGUACUUCAAUGACAAGUUCAUUGGGCUGCGCCUGAAGUCAGUGUCCUUUGAGGAUUCCUUAUUUGAGGAGUGUUAUUUCGAGGAUGUCACAUCCAGCAACACGUUUUUCCGGAAUUGUACAUUCAUCAACACUGUGUUCUAUAACACUGACCUGUUUGAAUACAAGUUUGUGAACAGCCGUUUGGUGAACAGCACAUUCCUGCACAACAAGGAGGGCUGCCCGCUAGAUGUAACAGGGACGGGUGAAGGGGCCUACAUGGUGUACUUCGUCAGCUUCUUGGGGACGCUGGCUGUGCUUCCUGGGAAUAUCGUGUCUGCCCUACUCAUGGACAAGAUUGGCAGACUCCGCAUGCUCGCUGGCUCCAGCGUGAUGUCCUGCGUCUCCUGCUUCUUCCUGUCUUUUGGGAACAGCGAGUCAGCCAUGAUUGCUCUGCUCUGCCUUUUUGGGGGUGUCAGCAUUGCAUCCUGGAACGCGCUGGACGUGUUGACUGUUGAACUCUACCCCUCGGACAAGAGGACCACAGCCUUCGGUUUCCUGAACGCCCUGUGCAAGCUGGCAGCUGUGCUGGGGAUCAGCAUCUUCACAUCCUUUGUGGGAAUCACCAAGGCUGCCCCCAUCCUCUUUGCUUCGGCUGCUCUUGCCCUCGGCAGUUCUCUGGCGCUGAAGCUGCCCGAGACCCGGGGGCAGGUGCUGCAGUGAAAGGAUCUCUGGGGCUUCGGGGGUGGCAGGCACACUGUGAGACCAACACCUCCUUCUUCCCCGUCCCUGACCUGCCAUCCUGGCUCCCAGAGCCCUCACCACCCACUCCUCAUCCCGUGUUUAGUGUCUUAGCUGUGUGUUUAUGUGUGCGUGUGCAUGUGUGUGACGCCCAUGGGCAGGGACUACAGGGAAGGCUCCUUCAUCCCAGUAUUGGGAUGCUCUACUCCUCACCCUUGACUUUGCACAAGAGAAGGCUUAGCCCAGCCCUUCUCUCCCAGUGUUAGUGAGGGGCCCUUGCUCUUCCCUGCUCCAGGGGCUCCAGAAAAGGCUUCCUGCCUUCUCCCUCAUUUCCUCUGUCUAGGCCCUGGAGAAACCACGGGACAUGUGGUCAUGCUGGGAACUGGGGCUUAGGCAUAAUCAUGGACCAAAUGAACUUCUUAGAGUUGGAAGGGCCUUGGGUGCCCUCUCACUCCUCCCAUUGGAUGCUGGGGGAGUAGCAAUAAACCUCAGCCCCCUGGCCUCCACUUCCCCAGCAAUUUGGGCUACAAAUAUGAAGCCUAAAUUUUAUGAUGUUAGCUUUCUGAUUCUUAUUUAUAUAUUAUGUUCUGAGGCAACUCAGCAGGACUGUGUGUGUGUGAAUGCAUGUAUGCGUGUGUAUGUGCCAUGGGGAGGGGGUGUCACUAUGCUGUCCUAAAAUCUAAGCCAAGGGUACUUUCAGCGGACACACACACAACCCUGCCUCCCACAGUACCUCCCCUAAUCUUGUUUCUGUGUUGGGCCUGGGAGGGACUGGAUAAGCCUGUCUGGAUAACAGUCCCACAGUCUAGGGAGACCUGAGGGCACGACAAGGUCCAACUCUUCCCCUCUGCUCAAGAAACACAGGCCUCUUCUGAAGUGAGAGGCUCUACCCACUUUAGCACAGGUGGGAACAGCACAGCUGCCCUCUCACCCCCCAACCUGUCCCCUCACAGUCCCGGGAGCAGGGGAGGAAAAGAAACCAGGCCUAAGGUCAAAGCAGCAGAUCAAAAAGCACAAGGGGCUGGGGCAGGGGCAGGAAGCAUGGGCCCUCUCGGCACCUCUAAAAGUGGGGAGAGGUUGGGCAGUAAGUGACGGACCCCUAAUGCAGGGACCAGAAGCCUCAGUUUUCCCAUCUCACCCUUCCAUACAAUAGCUCCUGUAGGUUAAGCUGCCCCAGUUCCACUGUACUCUGUGUGGCUGCUUUCUCUGGUGCCCUCCUCACCGUAGCUGUGAUGUGUUGUAGUUUUUAGCUGUUUGUAAACUGUUAACAAAAAGUCAAAACAACAAAAAAAAGAAAAUCCAAAUUCACCCUCCUGAUGCUGCGUCUGGUGCCCUGCCCUGUGGUUACUCUCCCCAUUUUGUAACACUGAACCAGGUGGUGCCUGUUUAACUCUUUGGUGUCUGUGCUCAAAGGACUGCCUUCUCCAGUGCCCAGUGUACGAGUGUGUGCCCUCUUCCCUCCCCCUUCACUUGCUGGACGCAGCCCUCUCCCUUGCACCCCCUGGAGGGACCCAUCCUUCUCCCUUGCUCUUCUGGGGAAUCCUAAACCCAACUCUGUUGAUGUCAAAAAUGAAAUGAAAAAAUGAUGAAAAUAAAAAGGAAACAAAAGUCAAACAAUGGCUGUGUCUGCUUCUUUGCCGCUCCACCCACAUUCAACUCUUUUCUGCUCCCUGACAGUCCUGGGAGGGGAAGAUAAACCUGUUGCCACAAAGUCGAUUCUGACUCACAGCAACCCUAUAGGACAGAGAACUGCCCCAAAGGGUUUCCAAGGAGUGGCUGGU